GUAUCAUUCACAUAGUUUACUUUCUCCGUGGUCAAAAUUAAGAUUAUAUUUGUGGAGUCUUCUGGAUAUUUUCGAACUUUGGUUCAAAAAUUCAAUAUAAUUUUGUAUUGGUAAGCGUUUUGCUUUAAUUGAGUUGGAAACUAUAUUGAGGGGUAAGAGCAAAAGUAAUCUGAUUUAGUAAUUGAGGAUGGGAAGGUCAUGCUUUUCAAAGUGUAGGGGAAGACUGAUGGGUUGGCUUCAGAUUAUGUUGGGAGGGCUUGUUAUAAUUGUGAGCCUAUCGAGUUUAUUUAGGUUUUACUCUGCUGGAUUUUUCGUACACAAUGAAGAUAUAUGCCGCCAUUUCUACAAUGUGAAGGAGGUUUAUGAGGGUUUUGAUAUACGAGCCCUGACGGCUCGGGUUGAAGAAGUUCUUUGUAAGAUGGACAGCUUGCAGACUAAGCUCGAAUCAACUGUGCAAGAAAUGGAGAAGGACACAGAGGGUUUGACUAAGACUAAAAUUUCCGGAUUGGAGCACAAGAGGUUUUUAGAGGAGGAGGUAAUUAGGCCUCUUUUUGAUGCCCACAUUGCUCUUAGACAGAUUAGAUUGCCCAAAAUUGAAGGGGUCAGAAACACGACUAUUAAGGAAGAGCCUUUGAUGAAUACUUUUGUGAUUGAGGAGAUUCGGAAGUACAUUACUCCAAAAGAGAACAGAGUUGGCAAGGUCAAUAUAUACGGAACAGGGAGGAUUUAUAACACGAUAGGGCACGCUUGUGUUUUAUUGAAGAAAGAGUUGGAAGAGUAUAUGGAUUAUGACAUUGGAUCUUACUGUAAAGACGAUUGGAAUUUGGCUCAAAAGCUAAUGAUUAAUGGGUGUGAUCCUUUGCCCAGGAGACGGUGCUUGACAAGGGCUUCUAAGCUCUACCAGAAGCCUUACCCUAUUAACGAGUCCCUAUGGAGAAUACCAGAUGGUAGAAAUGUUCGGUGGAGCAAUUAUCAGUGCAGGAACUUUGAGUGCUUAUCGAGCAAGAACCCCAAACGAGGUUAUUCAAAGUGUACUGGAUGUUUUGAAAUGGAGAAGGAAAACCUUAAAUGGAUCACUAACACCUCGCUUCCAACAGAUUUCCUCAUCAAAGAUAUUCUGGCAUUUAAGCCAGGGGAGGUAAGGAUCGGACUAGAUUUUGGUGUCGGUACAGGGACAUUUGCUGCACGGAUGAGAGAACAAAACGUUACAAUUAUCUCAACUGCUCUGAAUCUUGGGGCUCCUUUCAAUGAAAUGAUUGCGCUUAGAGGUUUAAUUCCUUUGUAUGUGACAUUAAACCAACGCCUCCCAUUCUUCGACAACACCAUGGACUUGAUCCAUACAACUGGAUUUAUGGAUGGCUGGAUUGAUCUGCAAUUGAUGGAUUUUAUUCUAUUUGACUGGGAUCGUAUUUUAAGGCCAGGAGGCUUGUUGUGGGUUGAUCGUUUCUUUUGUAGCAGAAAGGAUCUGGAUGAUUAUAUGUACAUGUUUCUGCAGUUCAGGUACAAGAAACACAAGUGGGCUAUCUCUCCUAAAUCCAAGGAUGAAGUUUUCCUCUCUGCACUGUUAGAGAAACCUCCUAGAUCUUUGUGA